UCUCUGCGGAAGAGCGAGGAUAGACCCAGGCCCAAGCGGAGCUCUCUGGGAUAGCUGGCGACUAUCAGGUUGGAAGGAGCCCUGGGGUUGCUGGGUGCCGGGUUGGUCGACAGUCGCACAGCUGAGAUGACAUGGUCUCUAGUUUGACACCUAGUCCCGCGCUUGAUCAGGAUGGGCAGUAGCUCGCUGUCAGAGGACUAUCGCCUGUGCCUGGAACGCGAGCUGCGGCACGGCCGCGCGGGGGUAUGCGGCGACCCCUCGCUGCGCGCGGUGCUCUGGCAGAUUCUGGUGGAGGACUUCGACCUGCACGGGGCCCUACAGGACGAUGCGCUGGCGCUGUUCACUGAUGGCCUGUGGGGCCGAGCUGACCUGGCGCCAGCCCUCCGCGAUCUGGCCCGCGCCUUCGAGCUCCUAGAGCUGGCCGCUGUGCACCUGUACCUGCUGCCCUGGAGGAAGGAGUUCACCACUAUCAAGACCUUCUCAGGGGGCUACGUGCACGUGCUGAAGGGCGUGCUCUCCGAGGAGCUCCUGACUCGAAGCUUCCAGAAGAUGGGCUAUGUGCGCAGGGACAACCACCGCCUAAUGGUGACCACCCCGCCGCCUGCCUGCCAGCUGGUCCAGGUGGCCCUAGGCUGCUUUGCUCUUCGGUUGGAGUGUGAGAUCCUAGGUGAGGUGCUGACUCAGCUGGGCACGAGCGUGCUGCCAGCGGAGGAGCUGCUCCGAGCUCGGAGGGCUAGUGGGGAUGUAGCCUCCUGUGUAGCCUGGCUGCAGCAGCGGCUGGCCCAAGAUGAGGAGCCACCACCCCUGCCCCCUCGGGGUACACCUGCCGCUUAUGGGGCCCCAGUGGACCUCUAUCAGGACCUGCAGGAAGACGAGAGCUCAGAGGCCAGUCUGUAUGGUGAGCCUUCCCCGGGGCUGGACUCACCUCCUGUGGGACUGGCUUAUAGACCACCACUCUGGGAGCAGAGUGCCAAACUGUGGGGUUCUGGAGGCCAGCCCUGGGAACCCCCAGCUGAUGACAUGCAUCGGGCCAGUAGCCCACCAUACGGGGCUCUGGAAGAGGAGCUGGAGCCAGAACCCUCUGCUUUCUCCUUCCUCUCUCUGCGCCGUGAGCUGAGUCGCUCAGGGGACUUAGCUCCCCCUGAGUCCCCUUCAAGCCCUGGGCAAGCCAGCCCCAGACACAGGCAGGCAGAAGGAGCAGCAUCCUCAGCCUAUGGGCCUGCUGUUGAGCCUCUGAGCUACCAGGCCCACAGCUGCUUGAGCCCUGGCAACCUACCCACCCUCUGCUGUGACACUUGCCGUCAGCUACACGCUACCCACUGCACUGCCCUAUCUGCCUGCCGCCCAACUCAUUCACUACGUAUACUUCUUGGUGAUAACCAGAGACGCCUGUGGCUGCAACGAGCACAGGUGGAUACCCUGCUCUAUGACAGUCCUGGGGCCCAUCCCUAGGCCCAGAUGGACCCCAAGAAUUUGGGGGAGUUUCCAUGGUGCUUCUUUUGGUAAAGGGCCUAGGCCACUGGAUGCCCUGGCCCUCCUAUUCCCCAGGGGAGUCCAGGACCUGCAGUUGAAAGAGGGUAGAGCCUUCAUGGACCGCUCUCGCCCGGUGCCGUCUCAGCCCUGGUGCAGCAGGCCGAGCUCAAUCAACGAGAUCCUUCCCUCUCGUCCCUAGCCUCAGGCCCAGAUGUGCUGGGUAGAGAAGUCCAGGUCAUCUGUGUUACAGUACCCAAACUCAGAAAGACCCCACCCUAUGAAUGAACUGCCUGAAGCCCUGACCUGAUCCCUGUCGUCUAUGAUUGAGGAUAUGUCCUCUUUGCACGUGCUGAGAAACCCUCACCCAGGAGCUCGCUCAAGAGCUUGCAGGUGACACAGUUAAGAUCCCGGUUGGGCCAUGUGGGAGGGUCUGAAAAGAGCAGAGCUUACUUAGCUGUGAGGACCCCGGUUCACCUCUGCGGUAAGAAGGCCUGGAGCUGCAAAAGCAGUGGGAGGCACAGUCCCAGGCAGUGGGGGAGCAGUGGGAGGCACAGUCCCAGGCAGUGGGGGGGCAGUGGGAGGCACAGUCCCAGGCAGUGGGGGAGCAGUGGGAGGCACAGUCCCAGGCAGUGGGGGGAGCUGUCACCCCUUCUCAGCAGGAAUGAUUCUCAGCAACCGGCUGCCUACCAGCCAAAGAGGUGAACGUGAACAAGCCACUUCUCCGGCUAUUGCCAAAAAGCAGCUCACCGCCCCAUGCAGCUCACUCCUGGCACACAGUUAACCAGGAACAAGUUAUAGCCUCAUCUCCCAUCGGGGUAGCCCAGGACCCCUCAUUAGGGGCCCUAAACCACUAAUCCUCAGGAUAGGGAUAGUGAAGGGCUGAGUUUUCAUCAACCACUCAGAGGCCCAGGCAGUGAUGACCACUCAGCAGCACUCACUCUAGUGACACCCCUUCAGCCGAGCCUGUUCUGCUCCUCAUGCAGGCCCUCAGAGGACGCUGUCCAUGUUGCAUGGAUCGAAACCCCACAGUACAUUAAAGGACUGCCAAAUUGUGUACUGG